CUUUAUUUUCUCACACCUUUUUUUUUCUUCUCUUCUUUUCUUCUUUUCUUCUGCUUUAUAUUCUACCCGCUCCCCUCCUCUCUUAUACCGCCCACCCUUCUCUACUCUCGCCUCGGCGCCAUUGUCGUCUCUCAUUCCUUAGUUCACCUCAUUCCAACCGUUUGCUCAUUCCAGUUUCCAGUCCGUCCAAAAAAAUCUACACAUAUUCCUCAUAAUGUCUGGCAUCUUGCGUUUGGCCACUGCCUCCACCUCAAGGACGAUCCUCAAGCCUUCCUUCGGUCUAGUUCGCUCUGCUGGUAUCCACCGCCAUGUACUCCAGCAUUCAAACAAGCCAUCACAGUCAAGAAUCACCUCCUCGUCCCCAAAGCUCCUCUCGUCCCAGGUUCCAAAGACUAUCCUCCUUGGUAUCAAUGCGAUCCAGCGACGCGCAUACCAUGACGACGGUGCCUAUGGCUACCGUGUCCCCAAAGUCUAUUCCAUGCCAGAUUAUACUCCUGAGGAGCUAGCAAACAGAGUUGAGAACGCCAAUUUACUUCGUUUGGUCAUUGGUUACAGAACGCAUGGUCACCGUAAUGCCAACCUUGAUCCCCUGGAUAUUGUGAAGCGCGAGAGUGUGCCAGCAUUGUCAGCAGAGCGUUAUGCUCUUACUGAUUCGUCCAAGGUCUAUAACCUUAACGGAAUUCUCCAUGUGAACCAGUCCAAGAGCAACACGGAUGCAAAGGACGAGGCCAGCCUCCAGACCAUUCUCAAUCACCUUGAGAAGUCCUACUGUGGUAAAAUUGCAUACGAGUUCAUGCACAUCCCUAAUGCUAGCGAGCGAAGGUGGUUCGCUCGCCAAGUCGAGUCGUACCAAAAAACCCCAAUCACCCCCGAUGACAAGAAGCGCAUCUUUGAGCUGCUGACAAAAUCCGAAGUCUUUGACCACUUCAUGGGCAAGAAGUUUGCCCAGGUUAAGCGUUACGGUCUUGAGGGUGCUGAGAGCAUGAUGGUUGCACUGGAUGCACUUUUCCAGACCGCAUCAAAAUCGGGAGUGACGGAGGUUGUCCUGGGAAUGCCCCAUCGUGGCCGCCUGAACUUACUCACUGAUCUGAUGCAGUACAACCCCACGGGCCUCUUCUCCAAGGUCAAGGGCAACCCAGAGUUUCCAGCCGGCCUCCCUGCCACUGGAGAUGUCCUGUCCCAUAUCGCUAACUCUCCCAAGUUGGAUUAUGGCGAGGCUGAGCCAAUCCACAUCUCGAUGUUGCACAACCCCUCCCAUCUCGAGGCCGUAAACCCUGUGGCCAUGGGUAAGGCCCGUGCCAAGCAGAUGGACUUGAUCGCCAACUCGUCACCAGACUGCCAGCUCGGUGACAAGGUCAUGUGCGUCCAACUCCACGGAGACGCUGCCUUCACUGGCCAGGGAGUUGUCAUGGAGAGUUUGGGACUUUCCAACCUGCCUCAUUUCACCUCGGGAGGAUCGGUUCACAUUGUCGUCAACAACCAGAUCGGAUACACCACCCCUGCCCAAAACGCCCGCUCUUCGGUCUACAGCUCCGAUAUCGGCAAGAUGAUCAACGCCCCCGUAAUCCAUGUCAACGGUGACCAUCCCGAGGAGGUCGUUCACGCCAUGCGCCUUGCAUUCGAUUACCGUAGCAAGUUCCGCAAGGAUGUCAUCCUUGAUUUGAUUGCCUACCGUCGCUGGGGUCACAAUGAGCUCGACGAGCCGGCGUUCACCCAGCCCCUGAUGUACAACAACAUUCGCGCCCGCAAGUCCGUUCCCAAGCUUUACGAGGAGAAGCUGCUUGCGGAAAGCAUUCUCGACAAGGCUGCGAUCGAUGAGCUGCGCCAGGAUUACUUUGAGAAACUGGAGGACGACUUUGCGGAGAUCGAUAGCUUCAAGCCCAAGGCAGAUCACCUCGAGGGCAAGUGGAAGGGCAUGAUCCUCCCUACCGAGACCGUGAGCAAGAUUGACACUGGAAUCGAUCAUGAGGCUAUGAAGGAGAUUGGUCAGGCCUCUGUUGCUACGCCUGGCGAUUUCAUGAUCCACCCUCGUCUGGAGAAGUUUCAUGUCCAGUCGCGUCUGUCCAAGUUGAAGGACGGCCAGAAGAUCGACUGGGCCACCGCUGAGGCCAUUGCUUUCGGCUCAUUGCUGAUGGAGGGCUACGAUGUCCGUAUCUGUGGUCAGGAUGUUGGCCGUGGUACAUUCUCUCAGCGCCAUGCUAUGUUGGUCGAUCAGAAGACUGAGCGCGUCCACAUUCCCCUGAACGCGAUGAGUGACUCGCAGGGUCACCUGGAGGUUGCCAACUCGAGUUUGUCCGAGCUGGCGGUCUUGGGCUUUGAGACUGGAAUGAGCUACGAGACGCCCAAGAUGUUGAACAUUUGGGAGGCCCAGUUCGGCGACUUUUUCAAUUCUGCGCAGGUGACCAUUGACACCUAUGUUGCCAGUGCUGAGACCAAGUGGCUUCGUCAGUCGGGUUUGGUCAUGUUGUUGCCCCACGGAUAUGAUGGUGCCGGACCUGAGCACUCGUCCUGCCGCAUCGAGCGCUGGCUGCAGAUGACCAGUGAUUCGUUCGAUGUGACAGACCCAUCGAUCAAGGUCAACACGAACAUGCACGUUGUUAACCCCACGACUCCAGCCCAGUACUUCCAUUUGCUCCGUCGCCAGAUGAAGCGCAACUUCCGCAAGCCUUUGAUUGUUAUUGGACCCAAGACCCUGCUUCGCUUGCCCACCGCCAUAUCUUCUCUGAAGGAUAUGGGACCCGGCACGACAUUCGAGCCUGUUCUGGGUGACAGCAAGACUGAGCAGGACCCUAGUGCGGUCGAGAGGGUGCUUUUUGUCUCUGGCAAGUUGUAUUAUGACCUUGUGAAGGAACGCGAGAGCAAGGGAGUGGAUGAGAAGGUGGCGCUUGUCCGUGUGGAGGAGUUGAGUCCCUUCCCCAAAGAUGGUCUCAAGCAGCAGAUUGAGACGUACUCUGAUGCUAAGGAAUUUACCUGGAUUCAAGAGGAGCCCCAGAACGGUGGGGCGUACUCGUUCAUGGAGCCAAGGAUACGCCAGCUGUUGCCCGAGAAGGUGUCUCUGGGCUACAUUGGACGUGAGCCCUCUGCAGCACCUGCCACGGGCAUUGCAAUUGUCCAUCGCAAGGAGAGUGCGGGCAUCUUGGCCAGGGCAUUUCGUUUGUAGAAGAGGAGUAGGGAGAGAGAGGGAGAGAGAGAGAGAAGCAGAUUAUAGAAGCAUAUUUCAUUAGCAAAAAAAUACAUAUGUAU